AUGGGCAAUGUCGUCACGAAGGAAAAGAGUGGCAUCCAUAAAGGCACAGCGCUUCCUGAUAAAUCUACAGAUAUCACUGGACUGCAUUCUUCAGACAUCACGCAACUCAACAGCAAUGGCGGUGAUGACCAGCGACCUAUUCCAAUCAAUGAGAUGGAUGAUGGGAAAGGCGGAAACCACACCGUAUCGGUGGCACUGGAAGAUGUUUUAGGGCCAGAAGACAGUACGACAGCGCGAUACCGAAAGAAAAACAGUAUUGGAAAAGGUGCAUUUGGUGAAGCUUAUAUUGUUGAACGUAAUCCAGCAUAUCCGUUACCUAAGAGACGAGAAACAACAGAUGAAAAAGAAGUCUUUAGAGAAAAACGUCGUGCUGGAGAUAGUGAACCACGUCUUUUUGUGGCUAAAGUAAUGGAUUUAACAUCCAUGUCACCGAAUGAUAGACGUUAUGCUCAAACAGAGAUUAUGUGUCUUGCUUGUAAUCAUCACUUUGCAAUAAUUCAGUAUUAUGAACAUUUUAUUGUCGAUGAUGAAGAUGAAACUAUUGUAAUUAUUACUGAAUUUGCUGAUCAAGGUGACUUGUACCGCAAUUUGUACCGGCGAGACAAGGAUUCCUUCCUUUCUGAAAGAGAUGUUGGAAUGUAUUUUGUACAACUACUCCUUGGUCUUGAUCAUAUUCAUCGUCGUCGUAUGAUACACCGGGAUAUUAAAACAGCAAAUAUAUUUUUAACUAGUCGUGGUUUUUUAAAACUUGGAGACUUUGGUUUUUCACAGCAGUAUGAUAGUACAGUUUCUAACCCGAUUGCUUGUACUUUCUUGGGUACCAGUUAUUAUUUAUCUCCUGAAAUGUGGAAAGGACAACGAUAUGGUAAAAAAGCAGACAUUUGGGCUUCUGGUAUUGUUCUAUGUGAACUCUUGGGAAAACGACGACCCUUCGAAGCCGAUUCUCUACCGCAAAUGAAAGAACUUGUGCUCUCUGGUAGAAUGUGGCUUCCACCAACGUAUCCGGAUGGAAAGCAUCCGUUACCUGGAGAGGGAGAGGGAGAAAAUAAAUCUGAUGUGAAUAAUAAAAAAGUAUGUUAUGUGUCUAAAGAGAUGCGAGAGUUUUUGGAACUUAUUUUGCAGCAAGAUCCUGAAAAGCGACCAAGUGCCUCACAAUUACUUAAAACACCAUUAAUGCAGCAUUAUCUAUGUUUAUUUCGCAAACGUGUAGAACAUAUGAUUGCCAUGGAUGAUGAAUUGGAGAAAAAGUACCAAACCUGUCUCGCUGAAUUUACACACUCCACCCCUAACUAUUGUCUUUCCAUGGAGGAGGAGGCAUUGGUGUUAAGAGGAAUACUGGAAGGUGAAGAGGUGAUUAGUUUAGAGACAGAGCGGGAACUUUCCACAAGUGCGGCGCCACGUAUGGAGAGUGUGGUCUAUAAAGAGUCCGUGGCCGGUCAAUGGAAGGAACGCUAUCUUCUCCUCGGCGAUGGAUAUUUAACCAUGACACUCGCGAAGGGAAAAGCCGCGGCGGGCUCCGGCGAGCGGAGUAAAAAAGUCCCACUGGAAACUAUUAACGCCGUGGCCCCCGUUUUGUUCGACACGCCUGUGCAGGUGGAGGGAAGUGGCGGGGCUCAGCCAAUACUGCUGCAGUACGCCUUCGCCAUCUCCACACAAAACUCACAGUCCAUCAUGUUUGCUGCAAGAACACAACAGGAACGGGAUCAGUGGCUCGCCUCACUGUUGGCGGCACUGAAGAUGGAUUAA